AUGAGUGCCGCUCAGAAAACCUGGGAGCUCGAGAACGUCGUCAAGCUCGUCGAUCCCACACGAGACGCCCUCUACAACUACGAUCCCGACGAGCAAAAGGCCAUCAACGCCGCGAAGCCAUGGAAGAAAGAUCCCAACUACUUCAAGAACGUGCGGAUCUCCGCCGUCGCGCUACUCAAAAUGGUCAUGCAUGCUCGAUCCGGCGGCUCGAUAGAAGUUAUGGGCUUGAUGCAAGGCUCCGUCCAAGGCGACACCUUCAUCGUCACCGACGCUUUCCGCCUACCUGUCGAGGGAACUGAGACACGCGUCAAUGCGCAGGACGAGGCAAAUGAGUACAUGGUGCAAUACCUACAGCGAGCGCGAGACGUCGGGCAAUUGGAGAAUGCGGUCGGCUGGUACCACUCACAUCCUGGCUACGGCUGCUGGCUUAGUGGCAUCGAUGUCGGAACGCAGUUCCAGCAACAGACUUUCUCGGAUCCCUUUUUAGCUGUCGUCAUCGAUCCAGACCGCACUAUCAGCGCCGGCAAAGUCGAGAUCGGCGCAUUCAGGACAUACCCGCAAGACUACAAGCCCGCGGCUACGAGUGAGGACGGCUUCCAGACCAUUCCCCUUGCGAAGAUCGAAGAUUUCGGCGCGCACAGCAGUCGCUACUACAGCUUGGAGGUCUCGCACUUCAAGUCCUCGCUAGAUGCGACGCUAUUAGAGUCACUGUGGAACAAGUACUGGGUCGGCACGCUAUCGUCUAGCCCUCUCUUCACGAACCGCGAAUACGGCACAAACCAGAUUCGGGAUCUGGCGCAGAAGGUUCGCCAGGCAGACACGUCGGCGCAUCGGAGGGGAGCGCAGGCCCUUCAGUCGUCGGGGGGCAAGGAUACACAGCUGGAGAAGGUUGUCCGGGCGAGCAGCAAGAUUGCUGCGGAAGAGCGGACGGGACUGCUGGCUGCUGAGGUGAAACACAAGGUGUUCAGUGUGAGAGAAGUGCAACGUCGAGAGCAGCCGGCGGCGGAAGCACAGGGUUGA